AGAUUAUUGGCGGUAAUCGAACUAAACCUAUGUCUACUCCACAUACAGAAGUGAACUCUGGGCAAACCGAAUUAGCCCCUAUUAGUACGGUUGGGACUGAUAUGUCAAGUAAUACAUUGUCGAUUGGUGUUCCUCUCCAUACUCUUGGUCCCAUUGAAGGGCAAGAUGGACUCAGUUUGACUAGACAAGAAAUAAAUCGACUCAUCUUGGAGUAUUUAGUCGUUGAAGGCUACAAAGAUGUCGCUGAAAAAUUCAGUCGCGAGACGGGAAUUGUAGAGCCUUUAAAUGAGUUGCAAGUCGCAGGUGCAAGUUUGAAUGAUCGUAUGUGGAUUCGUGAAGCAGUUUUGUUAAGGAAAAUCGAAGACGUUAUUGAUACAGUGAAUCGAUUAUGGCCUGAACUCUUUGAUAAAAACCCUUUUAUCUACUUUCAGCUUCGGCAGCUGCAAAUGCUAGAACUUAUUCGGAACAAGCGUUUAGAAGAAGCCCUUAUAUUUGCCCAGUCGUAUUUAGCGGAUCCAGUAGCCAAACGGUUAUCAGAACAUCCUCAAUUAUUAAAUGAAAUGCAAAAUACUAUGGCACUACUAGCUUUUGAUAAUCCUGCUGAAAGUAUUUAUGGCAAGCUGCUUAGUCCUCAACACGCUGAAGUGGUUGCAGGAGCACUAAAUCGAGCUAUACUUCGACAUAUCGAAUCAUCAGGAGAUGAAAUCGAUACGUCAGAAGAGGGUAAAGGCUCUGUGACUGCAAACUCUAUGGGUUAUUCCGGUGUUUCAUCCACUGUACCACGAUUGACAAAAAUGAUGGCACUGUUACUACAUUUCCGUGAUUUAUCACAGCUUGAACUUCCACCCGAAUUAGCUUCAUUAUAGAUCAGUUUUUGAAAAGUGGAAUAAACUCUUUAUUAUUCUCAUCUUUUAUGUUUCAUACUUUAACUGAUUAUUUUUAGUUAAAGGCAGCAUGAUGGUUGAUUUCAUGACAUUUUGACUAAUAUACAUGUACAAAUUAUAUAACAAGCAAGAUUGUGUAUUAAUAAUAUUAGCCAAGAAUUUCAGGUAGUUCACCCAUUUUGGGAGUAUUGUUUUACACUUAUGUGACUUUUCAAUCAGUAUGCAGCAUUAAAGAGCUUACUUAAUCCUCAUACACAUGAAAAAUUUUUUCCUUACCCGUGUUUCCCUCAGAAAUAAAUCGUUUGAAUUAUGUCUCA